CAGGAGAAGCAUCUCAUGCCCAUCUGUCUUCCCAGCUUAAACCAGAACUUUGAUGGACAAACCUGCACUGCAAGUGGAUGGGGUCUUACCAAAGACAGAACAAAAGGGGGAAACGACUCGAAUCCCGAUCUGCUAAAAGUAGACUUGCCCAUCGUACCGUACGAUGAAUGUAGAAGGGACUACAUUGGUGUGCAACAUGUCGACAGAAACACGAUGAUUUGCGCAGGAAACAAAGAAGGAGGAAAAUCGACCUGCCAGGGCGAUUCUGGAGGACCCCUGCAGUGUCCCAGGUCUGACGGCCUCUACGUGCUGGCGGGAUUGACAUCAUGGGCUACCAUAUGUGCCGCUCCAGGUCAGCCUACUGUCUUCUCGAGGGUCUCAACGCAGCUGCCCUGGAUUCAGCAAACUGCUGGAGCGACUCCAUAA